AUGGUGUCCCGAAAGGCUGUGGCUGCUCUGCUUGUGGUGCACGUGGCUGCCAUGCUGGCCUCCCAGACAGAAGCCUUCGUUCCCAUCUUCACCCACAGCGAGCUCCAGAAGAUCCGGGAAAAGGAGCGCAACAAAGGUCAAAAGAAGUCCCUGGUUUUACAAAAGAGGUUUGAGGAAGUGGGGCCUCUGGACCUUGUGGAGCCCACAGAAGAAGAAGAAAACCAGGUUAUCAAGCUGACUGCUCCCGUGGAAAUUGGAAUGAAGAUGAACUCCAGGCAGCUGGAAAAGUACUGGGCUGCCCUGGAAGAGUUGCUGGGUGAGGCGCUGCUGUCCACCCAGAACGGUAAGGGAAAGCGGGCGCCUCUGCAGCUGGGACCUGGCCUCAUCCACCCUGUGUUAAUAUUCCAGGAGCGUGUCUGA